AUGCGAGUCCCUCCGUCGCGAGUCGUCGCGCCGCGUCCGAUGGACUCGCUAGGCGCGAAGGAACAGACAGGACCGAAGAAUGACAGCGGAAAGCGCGAAACAUUACUCCCCAUUUUCGGUACAGUCACACCCGAUUUUGUCACCAUCCAGGGCCGGCCGCCAAGCCCGCUGAUCUUUCUCGUGCGCGCCUGCAGCGAUGGCGCAAAUACCAGCGUACCCAGCAGUAGUAGCAACGAUGGCAGUGAAACGAACAGCGGAAGCCACAGCAGUGGCAGCAGCGAGGGGAAUCGUGCGGGAGACGAAAGCCAAGGGCCCUCGGUGAAGUGCGGCGGGAUGGAGUGCGGUGGGAGGGAGUUCGAGGAGCUGGAGGCGCUGGUGUCGGACUUCUGCGGCAGCUCGUGGCGCACGCGACUGUCACGAGACGACCUUGAAGACGAGAAGGACGACCUGGGAUGGGGGGGAAGCUUCGCGGAAUUCCUCGCGUUGAUCCGCGAGUCGCUCUCCUCGCGCCACGUUUCUGUCGCACCCGCUCUCGCCCGAGCGCGCCCCAACCAAGCGCCCCUGCCCGCCAGUCAUCUCCCUUCCCUCGAUACAAUCACGCUCACGGGCCGGAAGGCCGAAAGCGCACCGCGAAUUAGAUUCAAGCUGAAGCGAGUGGAUUGGCCAGGAAAAGACGCCGGAGGAGGGGAAGGGAAAACUGACGCUGGCGUGGAACUACCGUUACCGUCACACUCGCACUCGUUACAGUCAUCCUCGUUAGAAGCAAUUGGGUCAGCCACGUCACCAGCGUCGUCACCCCUGUUCCCGUCGUGCGAAUCAGUGGCGGCGGAAAUCGCGUUCGCGCUAGUGAGGGACCGACUGCAGCUGGAAAAGACUCUUAGACGAGCCUCACCGGGAACCGAUGGUAGUACCAGUAUUUUAGCAAGUGGUCGUGAUGGUACAGUGCUUUCUGCUGACAAUAGAAGAGCAACACCUGACCUACUGGUCGCAGAAGUAGCAGGCACAGCAGCAGGAACAGGUGGAGGGGCAGGUGAAAGGGCAGGUGAGGGGGCAGGUGAAGGGGCAGGUGCAGGGGCAGGUGAAGGAUCUGCUGUUGCAGCAGCAGAAACUGAACCAGGUGUUUCGUCUGUUGAUUACAGCUCAGCAUCAUCCCCACCGUCCAUUCCCAGCACAGCCGAAGGCCUCCAGAGCAUCAUCGGCCAAUGGGAUCGCAUCCCCGGAUCCGUCCUCGCCACGUCAGCACAGGUCCAAUCCUUUCGAGACCGUUUCGCCUGCAUCAGCAGCAACGGACGGUGGAGAUUCAACGCCACGCCGCGGCUGCUGCCGUGGCCGGGCGAGAUGAGCCUGUGUGAUGAGCGGCACUUGGGGGCUGUGCCUGGUGCGGUGGCAAUGCGUGAGGCGGAUAGGGUGGUGGAGGAAGGGCGGGGAGAGGCGCAAUGGAAGGUGAGAGAAGCGCUCAAGUACGAAUGGAGGGUGGAAGGGGACGGAGAAGGGCGCAGCGUGAUGAUCGUGGGGGACUCGCUCAACCUGCAGCUGGCCCACGCCCUGCGCUACAAUGCACGUGUGGGGGCGGAGGACCCAGGGGCACGUGUGCGGCGCGGGCAAAUCUCGGUGCUGUGCCGGCGGGUGAGGGAUGCUUCGUACUCCCCCUGGCUGUCGCUGCAGCGCUGCUGGACCGCUGUUCUCUGUGGGGACGUGGAAGCGAGGGGUGAGGGUGGUGAUGUGGAGGGGAGGAGCGAGAGUAGCAGCAGCAGCAGCAGUGAGGAAGGAAGCCCACUGUCACCUGCACGCUCCUCGCUGGAGUUCAAUCUGUCCUUUGUGCGCGAUGACUACCUGCUCUCGCCCGCCUGGCGCAACCAGUGGCUCACCAAGCGAGUGCACGGCUCGUGGGUGGACGACCUGCGGCGGGAGAACGUGUCGAUUCUGAUUGUCAACCGUGGUGCACACUUCACACCUCAUGACUCGUUUGCGUGGGAGGUCUCAGGGCAGUUGGCGUGGUUGCGGGAACAGUUUCCGGAUCUGCUUGUAUUUGUGCGCGGGACGCCGGCGGGGCAUAGGGGGUGCAUGCGUUACGAUCGCCCCUUGGAAAAGAAGGUUGAAAGGGGUAACACGAGUGAUAGUGAUAUGGGUGAAGGGGGUCUCGAGCAUGUGGACAAGUAUAAUUGGGAUAAGCUUGCGCAACAGAAUAAAAUUGCGAGGAGAGUGGCGGAGGCGGUGGGUGCUGUGUAUAUGGAUGUGGAGACCAUUGUUAUGGCUGCGGAGGAGGAGUUACGGCCGGUAGAGGCGAAUAAAGACGUGCCCGAAGCGGGAGAGGCUGCAGAGGAGAUUAAAGCGGUCGAUGCAGCGUCGGAGGAAGGGCAGGAGGACGACGGAAGCGAGGAUUUUAACAAACUAAUUCCGGCUGACGAUCUGGACUCCGAUUCGUCAGAGUCGGAAGCGAGUGAAGGGGAGGGGGAAGGCGAUGAGGAGGAAGAGGAAGAGGGAAGGGACGAGAAGCGAGAGGGUGAGUCUGGAGUCAGUCUGGCAGUGGCGCAAGACCAAGCGGAGAAAAAAUCCGCAUUGCAGGCGGCGCGAUUGGCGCGCGAGCAGAAGCGCGCAGAUGCGGCGGCGGAGCGGAAGGAGCGGCGGGCGCUGAAGGACCUGCUGCGGCGGCCGUGGGGGAACUUCCGCCUGCAGGGGGAAGAGGGGGGUGCUGGCGGGGGAGAUGGCGGAGAGGAUGGGGGGAAGGAGGAGGUGCAGGGGAGUGAUGAUGAGGAGGACGAGGAAGGAGAGGAGGGGAGGGUGAGGAGGGUUCCGAAGGGGAGGGGGAUGAUGAGGGGGAGGAUGAGGAAGAAGAGGAGGAAGGAGAGGAAGGAGAGGAGGGAGAGGAGGAGGAGGAUGAAGAGGAAGAGGGCGAGGAGAGCGAAGAGGAAGGGGAAGCGGAGGAGGGGGAGGGGGGAGAAGGGGGAGGAGCAAGAGGGGCGGGAGGGCGAUGGAGCGGGCCAUGCGGCGGAGGAGAGCGACUCCUCGGAGGACGAGCGACCAUCGCGUAACACGGUGGGCAGGGUGCCCCUGGAGUGGUACAAGGAGGAGGGGCACAUCGGGUACGACAGGGAGGGGAAGCGUAUUAUGAAGCAAAAGGGGCGCGCCGCUAAGGGGGACAAGCUGGACGAGUUCCUAGCUCACACCGACGACCCCGAUGCCUGGAAGGUGGUGUACGAUGAGUACAACGACGAGGAGAUUCGACUGACAGAGGAGGACAUUGAUAUGAUCCGCCGGAUCAGGGAGGGGCGCACCCCACACGCCAAUGUCAACCCCUAUGAGCCGUACCUGGACUGGUUUGACUGGGACGAGAAGUGGGACCCCCUCAACGCCCAGCCGGAGCCCAAGAGGCGAUUCACCCCCUCCAAGCACGAGGCCAAGCAGAUUGUGCGGCUGGUGCGGGGACUGCGGAAAGGCACGAUAAAGACGCUAGCGCAGAGGGAGAAGGAGAGGAAGCAGAAGGAGAGCGAGGGGCAGCAGCAAGCGGUGUACUUGAUGUGGGGAGACGACCUGAAAGCCAUUGCCUCUCAGUCUGACAAGACCAAGAACGUCAACGGUCUCAGCUUCGUCCCUGCUCCUAAGCCCAAACUGCCAGGACACGAGGAGUCAUACAACCCGCCAGUGGAGUACAUACCAACGGAGGAGGAGGUGGCGGAGAAGAUGAUGCAGGCGGAGUAUGAGGGCACCUCCGACUCGCUCUUCGUGCCCAAGCA